GGUCUAAGUUUUUGAAAAUGUAAAUUGCUAAAUGGAGGUAUUUUCAACAAAAACCGUUUGAUGUAUUACAGUUAUGUAUUGAUUUCGACAUUGUAAAACAUGGCAUUUCUAUGUCCAGUCAGGAUCAGAAGGGGAAAGAAGAAGAAAUCAAGUUCUGGAGACUCUGACAAAGACCUCUCCAGGCCCAGUUCAGGACUGAGUCCUGGGAUGGGCCGCAUCACAGGAUCAGCAAGCAUAGAAACAUUAGUGAGAGUUGGCAUUGAGAAGGAACAUGGCCUCAGUCCUGAUUCGAAGAUGGUGGUGCUCCAUGAUUUCACACCAUGUGUGGAUGACGAGUUAGAGGUAAAACGUGGACAAAUUGUUAAUGUUCUAUAUAGAGAAAAUGAUUGGGUUUAUGUCAUAGUAGCAGAAUCUCGAAGAGAAGGCUUCAUACCGCAUUCAUAUUGUGCACCAUGUGAACAUCAUGAUUUAAAGAAAAAACUCCCGAGAAGUAGAUCCCCUGCCGAUUUAGCCCAUCGAGAUGUUUCACAAUUAUCUGUAUCUGAUGGAGUAACAAAUGAUGGGCAUUCAGAGCUUGGUAGUGAAGGUGAAGCAUGUCCCUUUAGCAAAGAUCCUUCAGGAAGAUACGUAGUGCUAUACACAUUCACUGCAAGAGAUGAAAAUGAUGUUGACGUAGAACGAGGAGAAUUUGUUACAGUACUAAACAGAGAAGACCCAGAUUGGUAUUGGAUAGUAAGGAGUGAUGGUCAAGAAGGGUUUAUACCAUCUGGUUUUGUGUAUCCUGCUGUCGUUCAAGCCACCACACAAGAGAACACACAGACCUUGCAUCCUACGCCGCCAACAAAUACAAAUAACAGUAUAAUAUCAACAAAUAACAACAGUAGUAUAAACAACACAACACAGCAGGACAACGACGGGAGGUAUCACGGAACGGAACUAGUCAUGCUUUAUGAUUACAAGGCUCAAGCACCUGACGAUCUGACAGUGAAGCGAGGAGAGUGGGUUUAUGCAGAUCUGACCCAGCAAACUGUAGAGGGAUGGUUGUGGGCACACGCACCCAAGUCACGACGAUCCGGUUUCAUACCUACAGCUUACGCUCGUGCACCUCACACUACAUCACUUUGACUAAAUCCAUAAAAGCCUGCAAUUUUGUAGUGUAAAAUUCACAUAACACCAAGAGAAACUUGGGUAGAUUGUUUCAUGGCUUUAGUUGUUCUGAUAUAAUGUGUUGCAGUGCCCCAGAGAACUUAAGAUCAUUUUAUCACCUCCUUUCUGGCACUGCCAACAUAUACAAGUGACAGGUUUAGAUGGGCGAUACAUUUUGACUACCUUUAUAAAAGCCAUAACAUAAAUUUCAGUUUUAUGUGAUUAUAGUAUCACAAUUUUUUGUAACGCCUUAAAAAGCAACAAGUAUUAAAACAAUACAAUAAAAUAACAAAAUAGAUAUUUCUAAGUAAAUAAUUUUAUGCAUAGUGUGUUAGGUGACCAACUCAAAUUGAAAAUUUGGAUUCCACAUGCUUAGCAUUUAUGGGAACAUUUUAAAUCUAAGUAGUUAUGUAGUCCCUUAAAUUUAAACUUCUAAUUGUAUUUGCCUAUCACAUUAAGCUGGCUCUGAAAUAGUAUAUGAAGGUUAAAAUUUAUUUAAUUCAAUGAUACUAAAAUGAUUCUAGUUAUAAUUAAAAAGAUACUUGUCUUUUAUAAGUAUUCUAAUAGUGUCGCAGCUUUAUUGUGACUUUAAUAAAGUAAGACUUCAUACUUUAAUGUAAAAUAUCCGUCCAAAAUGACUGACCUUUUGAUUUAAAAUUCAUGUUUUUAUUUUUAAGAAUUAGUAUGAAAUUAUAGAUAUUAAUAAAAUGUUUUGAUAAUGA